UUCAGUGUUGAAUUGGCAGAUUCAAGUUUAAGGACCAAUGAGUAGGCCAAAGUUUCCUAUUAACAUUCUGUUUAUUGGUCAUGUCGACUCCGGGAAGUCAACGACGGCUGGUCAUUUGAUCUACAAGCUUGGAGGUAUUGAAAAGGAUGUCAUCGAUAGAUUUGAGAAAGAAGCUGCUGAGAUGAACAGGCAUUCAUUCAAGUAUGCUUGGGUGCUUGACAAGCUCAAGGCCGAGCGUGAAAGAGGUAUCACAAUUGACAUUUCUCUGUGGAAGUUUGAGACAACCAACUUCCGCUGCACUCUCAUUGAUGCCCCUGGACACAGGGAUUUCAUUAAGAACAUGAUCACUGGAGCGUCCGAAGCUGACUGUGCUGUUCUUAUCAUUGAUUCUACACUUGGUGGUUUUGACGCUGGUUUUUGUAAGAAUGGUCAGACCACUGAACAUGUUCAACUUGCCUUCGCUCUUGGUGUUUCACAAAUGAUCUGCUGUUGUAACAAGAUGGAUGCCACUACACCCAAAUACUCCAAGGAUAGGUAUGAACAAAUUGUGAGUCAAAUUUCACCCUUUUUGAGUGAGGUUGGCUAUAACCUAGGUAAAAUUCCUUUUAUCCCUAUCUCUGGUUACGAGGGAGAUAACAUCAUUGAGCGCUCUUCUAACCUUGAUUGGUACACGGGUCCCACCCUUCUUGAAGCUCUUGACCAAUUCAGAAGGCCUAAGAGGUUAAUAUUCAGGCCUCUCCGAUUACCACUUCAAGAUGUCUACAAGAUUGGAGGAAUUGGAAUUGUGCCUGUGGGACGCGUUGAGUCUGGUAUCUUGAAACCUGGAAUGGUGCUGACUUUUGCCCCAACUGGGCUCCAAACUGAAGUGAAGUCUGUGGAGAUGCACCAUGAAGCUCUCACUCGGGCUCUUCCUGGUGACAUUGUGGGAUUUAACGUUACGAAUGUGUCUGCUAAGGAUCUCAGGCGAGGCUAUGUUGCCUCAAACUCCAAGCGUGGCCCAGCUAUGGAGGCUGCUGAAUUUACAUCUCAUGUUAUCAUCUUGAAUCAUCCUGGCCAGAUUAGAAAUGGCUAUACACCUAUUCUCGACUGCCACACCUCCCACAUUGCUGUCAAGUUUGCCAAGCUUGUUAGCAAGUUUGACAGGAAUACUAAUGUUGAAUUUGAGAAGGAGCCCAAAUUCUUGAAGAAUGGCGAUGCUGGUAUUAUUAAGAUGAUUCCCACCAAGCCCAUGGUGGUAGAGACUUUUACUGCAUAUCCUUCACUUGGUCGUUUUGCUGUCAGAGACAUGCGUCAAACUGUGGCUAUUGGAGUCAUCAAGGAUGUGAAGAAUAAGGAUCCUGUAAGGUCAAACUAUGGCUAUUCGAGUCAUGAAGGAUGGGAAGAACAAGUAUCCUGCAUCAUGGAGGAGGGAUGAUCCCUAAAUUGGCAUUGAAAAAGUGAAUCUUGCAAGAUGAUCUAUCUAGGGAAGUCUAUUGUCUUUAUUACAAUAAAUGGUCCUUGAUCCAUAGGAUGUCUAUUUGUCGUCUAGUAAACUUGCUUUGUAGGUUAAGUGUGAUGUCUGC